AUGGAUACCAACAACAAUCAGAAUUUAUGUUUACCGAAAAAGCCUACAACUGAAAAUAUUGUUAAUUCAUUCAUGCCAUUUUUAUUUAAUGGCCAAUAUGGAACUCAAGCACAAAGCAACUUUGACAAAGUUAAACAAGAUACAUCAGCAAUGAUGAUUUCUUUAGCUGCCAGAUUAGAAUUAGAAUCAAUAACUUUGAAACAAGAUUUAAAUAGAAGCAAUGAAAUAUUAGAAGAAUUAACCACAUCAGGAGCCUUACAAAGAUUGAAAGAUAUUCAAACUAAGUUGAAAGAAAUAAAUCAAAAAAUGUUAAAGGAAUCAAAUCAAAGAAUUUGUGAUACGGAUAAAUUGCUCAUGUCAAACAAAACUAGUUAUGAAAUUGAAAAGAAAGACAUCUCAACAGAGAGAAUUAAGGAGGACAUAAUUUUGAUCAAUGAAAAACUAACUGACAUUGGAUCAAUUAACGAAACUAUAAAACUCAAACAAGACAAACUUGUUGAUCUAAUCUCAGAACAAAAUAAUAUUUCAAUUAAAAUUUUGGAGUCUAAUACAAGAAUAAAUACAAGUGUUGAUGAAAUUAAACAAUUUCUUCAGCUAUUACUAUCGAGAUUUAUAACUUUGGAAUCAUUCGUUACUAACGCUUCAAACUCAACAAAUGUAAGUCAAAUAAACAAAGAAGACGACAAAGAGUUGGACAAGAAAACGACAAAGAAACGGAAAUUGAUAUAG